CGAGUACAUUUAUUCGAUUGCUUAAAUGUUCGAAUAUUUCGAUACUUUUCAUUUGAAUGCGCCCACAAUUUCGCACUGCUUUUACCUGUUGAUACGCGUUAAGUGGAUACUCAGAAGGAAUUAAAAUAAUGAGUUAGUAGAGCAUUGUGCUAAAAUGCUAUUAUGUUUAAAAUUAUUAUGACCUUAUGGAAGAUAGUGCAAAGACAUACUUACGAUUUAUUGUCACAUAAAUAUUCUGUGAUCAUUAUCUUAAUAACUUUCAGUACCAUAUUACUUUCCGUCAUUCAGUUUGGGGAGGUUUGGAUGACAUGGAGUCAAGAGAAUUAUAAAGCAAUCUUUAAUUCAUUCAGUGAUAACAUUGUGGGAAAGUCAUUACAGAGUAAACUGUGUCAGAAUGUACCAAUUGAUGCAGUGUAUACAUGGGUAAAUGGGUCAGAUCCUGUUCUCCAACAACAUCUCCAGCAGUAUCAUCUACAGCUUCAAGAAGAAGCCUCAAAAGAAUGCCCAUAUGCAGAUUGUGUGCCUUCACACAUAAUUAUAUUCAGGCAUUGGCUGUCAGAUGAAACAGUUUCACAUGUCUUAUUGCUUCCGAACAUCAGAGGAACAAAUGCUUCACUGAAGCAUAGAAUGAUAAUCGGGAGCAACAACUGGACUCUUAUUGAGUUGAACUCACCAGAUGAAGCUGCAGAAGUUGUGAAACUGAUGUUACAGUCUAAUGUUACCCUACUUCAUGCUCACUGGACCUCAGAUAGCACAGUCUCUAAAACAAAUGAAGAUUUUAACACUGUACUUAUUAGUGGAAUACCCAGCACUCUGCUCGAAGAGAGAAGGAGUAUUUUGCAUGCUGACCUGAAAAAACAUAUGCAGUCAAAUAUAGAACAUCUUUGGGUGUAUUCUGAGAAAAGACUGGUAGUGGUUAAAGUGGACACAGCAGAAACUGUCAACAGAAUUGUACAGUUGACAAACAGAAUGACCAUAGGUGGAAGUGUGGUGAAUAUAAGUAAAGCAUACCUUAUUUUGGAACUACCUCUAACAGAUAACAGUAAGGACUUCUCUCCAUCACGCUUUGAGGACAAAGAGGAACUACGUUACUCAUUACGAUCGCUUGAAAGAUUUGCUCCAUGGGUCCGGCAUGUUUACCUUGUGACAAAUGGCCAGAUACCAUAUUGGCUAGAUCUGGAAAACCCCCGAUUAACUAUUGUCACUCAUGAUCAGAUCUUCCCUAAUCUGUCUCAUCUUCCAACAUUCAGCAGUCCUGCUAUAGAAAGUCAUAUACACAGGAUCCCUGGUCUUUCUCGUAAAUUCCUUUAUCUAAAUGAUGAUGUCAUGUUUGGGAAAGAAGUUUGGCCAGAUGAUUUUAUUACUAAUUCUAAUGGUCAGAAGGUGUAUCUCUCGUGGCCAGUCCCAGACUGCUCAGACAGCUGUCCUUGGUCCUGGGUGGCUGACGGUUCUUGUGAUGUGACCUGCAAUAUAUCCGAGUGUUCCUUUGAUGGUGGAGAUUGUGGCCUAAGUACUGAAGAUGAUAUUGGUAUCUAUGAUGAGAACCAACGUUUUGCUAACUAUGAUGAUGAUAUUAAUUCUUACAAUGAAAAUCAGCAUGAAUCUGUUAAAGAAAACUUGUUUUUCAACAUGAAUUUUGGUGGAGACAUAGCUUUGAAUGAUCUACCGGAUCCUGGGAAGAGGAUGCAUAGUCUUUUAGAUACAUUAACUAAAAAGAAUAUUAAGAAAGAUCAUCUUAAAGGAAAUCUCUCACACUUUACAGUAGACACAUAUCCACAUGAAGACAUUAAAUUUGCUUCAGAAAGGACAGCCAAUCAAGACACAAGAAAUACUAAUCCUCAACCAUAUAAAGGAAUGUAUGGAAGUGAAAGAAAUAAUACGCUGUAUUUGCAGAGAAUUGUCCAGGUUCAGCAAAAAAGGAACUAUAAUACAAACUCAGGCAAGACUUUCAUUAUACCUGGGUCAUCACUCAUAUUUCAGCAGAAGCAUAAUCAAGACAAAGACAACAACUUGCAAGUUAGAACAAGAAUGGUAAAUAAUAACAAUGGUACUAGCUUUCAACAUAAUAAUUUUGGUAAUAAUGGCACUGACUUACAUAAGAAUCACAUAAGUGAUGGAGAAAUGCAUGGAUGGUUUUAUCCAAGACUUUUAAAACAAAAUACAGGUAAUUUGAAAGAAAGUGAGUUAAAAAGUAAUGGUAAUAAUAAGUUUGUAGGAAUGGGAAAUUGGCAAACAAUACAAAGUUCUAAAUAUAGUAAGGAGAAUGCAAAUCACAAUCUUCUGUAUAGUGUUGAAACAGUUAGUGGAAAAUUUAAUGAGAAUCAGAAUGUUCAUGUUGCAUCAAAGUUCAAUCAGACAUAUGGCUCAGAGAAAGUAAUCAGCUUACAGGCCAUUAAAAACAAACCUGCAAGGAAUGUUUCUUCUUACAAUGCUAAACUUCACAAGUUGUAUAAAAAAUUAAAUGGUAAAUCUGAUGAACCUGGGAGAUUAUAUGCUAAGCAUAAUGCUGCUUCAGCUGAUAAGAAUCUUAUCAAUUCAGAACUGCAAUACAAUGAUUAUGAUGUACAUUGGAAAAAUGAAGACAUUGUUUCUAAAGUUUCUAAAAAGAAACACAAGACUCUAAAAAUGUAUGAUGCUCAGCAGUAUGACAACUCACUUUCAACAGGAAAGAAACCUCGUGACACAUUUGCAGAAUCUCUUUUGUAUGUGAACAGGUUGUACAAUCAGGAGUUUGGUUUUGAACCUCGUAAGGUUCCAGCGCACAUGCCACAUCUCAUUGACAUUGAUAUUAUGGAACAACUUCAGGCAAGAUUCAGUCAACAGUUGCAGCUCACUUCAUCCCACAAAGUACGUAAUGCACAUGAUAUGCAGUUUGCAUUCUCAUACUUCUAUUUCCUGAUGAGCAGUAAAGUGAUCCUUCCACUGUCAGAUAUUUUUGAUAUCUUUGACACUGAUCACUCUGGAACAUGGUCAGAUCGAGAGAUUAGGACAUUACUGACUCGUUUAUACGAUUUGCCACUGAGAUAUGCAGGAGUGGUGAAGUUUGAGAAUGAUAUUAUCAACUGUUCUAAGGAGCUGUCAGAAGAGUUGUCAAGUAUAAAUAUUUCUACUCCACCGUAUGAACGCUAUCUGGACUCAAAACUGCCAGUUGUUAGCAAAACUCUUAUCUCCAACUGCAAACCUGUGGCAGAUAUACUCAUGAAAAAAUUUGGAAACAAGAAGAUGUACCAGUAUCAACUUCAACGUGAUAAACACCAAGAUGUAAGCUUCAAGAUGCUGAACUCCAACAUAAGCCAGUUGGUAUCUCACCUAGAUGAUAUUCGUCGAGAUCCAAAAAAAUUUAUCUGUCUGAAUGACAACCUAGACCCAAAGCGAGAGGAAGAUAAUGCUGUGGCUCGAGCUAUUCUACAGGAUAUGUAUGAGUCACUGUUUCCGAAACCUUCUUCUUUUGAACUUCCACCAGAAUUUCGUAAUCGCUUCUUGCAUAUUACAGAAUUGCAAGCAUGGCGAGCCAACAGAAAUACUAUCCGAACAGUUGUAUACAUUGGUCUAGCCAUUCUUAUCACAUUUACAUUAAUCAACUUCUUUCAUGUGGAGUUCCGCUGGUUGCAGCGAAAGUUAUGCCAACGGACGAGACAACAGUAUCAUGGAGAUGCACCGAUGUUUUCAUGUGUCUGAUGCUUUGAAAACAAUCCCAAAGCAUUCUAAUUUAAGGUGUACUAAAUAAUAUAUGUUUUAGUUAUUGCAUAAUGCAGAGUUCCUAAGUUUCCUGAGCAUUGGGUAUCCAGUAGAGUUGAAAUUUUAUUGGAAGAUACACAUUUAUAUCAUGAAACUCCUGUCGUUUGGUUGCUUCCUGAUCUGAAUGUUUAGAAAAGCUCCUGUGUUAAUUAUCAUUUGUGGUCUUAGCACUCAGAAAUUAUUCUUGUUUACAUAAUGACUCCUAGUUACUAUGUUGGAGCAUUAACUAACUUCUGUAUGCAAGUCGUAGAGUGAAUGGAAUCGGGGUUCUUUUACAUAAUAACUGCAUUUCUCAAGUUGUCUUAAUAAAAUGUAAUUUAAAAUAAUUUUCUCCUCAAAUAAUGGAAAUGCCUGAGUAGGGUUGGGAGAAUUAAUCUAUUCUCUGGUGAAAAGUAAACAUGGUAGAAAGCUGUGCAUUAGCUAGUCAGGAUUCAGCUGCUGUCAACAUUUGAAAAUUGAUGUCAUAUGUACUGUGUGAGCAAUAUGAAGAAUGUAUACAAGUGAUAAAUUUAAAAAAGAUUAAGACAAAGACCACCCAUUUUUAGGUUCAGUCUCAACCAAAUUGGCACAAUAGCUUCUUGUUUUAUGAACAUUCAGUACAUGUUAAUACAUUUGAAAAAUCAAUAUUUCAUUUUUAAUAUCUGUGAUAGAUAUUUUUUAAAACAUAAUUAUGCCAAGCCAUGUGUAUAUUUCUUACCCUACCCACCUUCCUACACAGCCAAUUGCCACUUUUGUGAUUGAUUGUUUAAUCUGUACAGUUGGUGGAGUGCUUGCCAUUUUGUGAGUUCCAUCUCAUAAUAUCUUGCUAUCCUUUGUGCUGUCAUUAACAUUACCUGCUACUGCUCUUCCUUUAUGUUUUCUGUUUUAAAAGGUCUGCUUAUUUAAAAUUACUUACUUAUUAUUGCAAUAAAUAUUUUCAUGCAUACUGUACUGUACUGUACUGUGUACAUGUAUACUUAAUAUUUAACUUCUUUACUAUUACUCAUGCAGUGAGUAACUUAAGGCUACUUUUUUAGUUACACCCCAUUUUUUCCUUCUAAAAUUUCUGUUGCUGUGUCAUAUAUUUAUUAGUGGGAGUGAAAAUUUCUUAACAUGUAUUCUGGAUACCUGUUUGUAAGUUGUUGCAGAAAACUUUGCUGCUGGAGAAACUUGACUUCCUUACUGUUACAGUUUACAUACCCAUAAAGUUGAUGUUUAUUUUUCAUGAAUAAACAUUAAGUUUCACAAAAUGUAUGGUUAUAAAUUGAUUCUCAGUGUUGAUAUAGCUAUACUGAUUAAGCAGUGUUUAGCAUCAGACUUAACCACUGUCAUUGAAAGAAUAGAACUAUGUUUAAAUUGAAAUGUCUAAAAAAUUAUAAAAAUAGUCUCACAUUCCUAUAACGUACCAUGAAUGCAACAAAAAUUAAAAAUAAGUAGGUGCUCUGUUGUCUAGAAUGCCAUUGACAUUUUUCUGUUCUACACACAUGCUUCUCUUUUCACUUGUUCUUAAUCAAUCAGAUUGAUGCAGACAGAUUUCACACUUCAAAGUGCGUGCUUCCUUUAAUUUUGGUGAUAAAAUUAACUAGCCACCUAAGGACUAAAGUCUGCAUAUGUUGCCCCUCUGUUCAUCUGCAGAGAAUAAUAUGAAUCCAUUCCCUGUGAUAGUGGAUAAUAUAGUACUUUUUCCAGUCAGAUGACUAAGCCUACAUUGUUUUAAUACUCAGUAAUGUUGUGAAUUGUCUCUAAUAAGAAGAUAGCUACUCUAGUUGUUGGCAAAUGAUUGCAUGACAUAGAUGUAAUAUAGUGUUUGUGAUUGAUAAUCAGUAAGCAAUGAUACCAGUGCCAUAUAAGCUUAACAAAUGUACAUUUUAAUUAUAUGAAAUAAUGACUAUUUUUAGAGUGAAAA